AAUCAUCCUCUCCCGACAAAUGCAAGGAAAUCGUCGCGGAUCAAAAAGAUGAUGGUUGUAUUGAAUUAAUUGAUACAGUUUGUGAUGAACUAGAUGCACCUAAAGAAGAAAUUAUUAUGACAAUUCAAAAGAAUAUUACGGAUAAGAAGCUUCAAUUACCUAAUCUUCCAUCACUCAAACAAAUAGGAGAUGCAAAUACCGAAAAGGAACUUGAAGAAUGCGCGGAUAAUUAUGUAGUCGAGAAUUGCAUUAAGGUGAUUAAAGAUAAAAGGAGAAAUUCAGUUCGUGAGGUGCAAAAGUCCGCCACACCAGAAAAAUGCGGUGAUAUAAUGUCUAAUCAAAAGGAUCUUUUGAA